AUGGUACGUCGAAUCGUGGCUGCAUUGUCGCGGCCGUUCAUGUUGGGUGUCGAGUUUGAAGUGUUGGUCGGGUCAGGAUUCGAUGGUAAGGUCAGAGUCGGUUCGGUGGAAGUGUUUUCGGUGGCCAUAGAUUCGAAGGAUUGGCUUUCGAGGGUACAGACCAUUGAAAACCAAGUCCAUGCCCUACUUGACGCUAGAGAAGCUCAAAUUCAACAAUUAUGUCUUUCUGGAUACUGUUCCAAAAAAUUUGUAUCAAGUUAUCGCUAUAGCAAAAAGAUAUUCAAGAUGUGCAAAGUUGUUGACGAUCUCAUAUCUAGCGGAGCCUUUGAUGUGGUGACCCAGAUCCGCCCCCCACCUAGGGUGGAGAUGAUACCCACAGAACCCAUGGUUGAUCGUGAGGCCAAGCUUGCAAUGGCAUGGGGUCAUCUUAGAAAUGAUCAUGUUGGAAUCUUUGGUCUAUAUGGCAUGGGCGGAGUAGGAAAAACCACUCUUCUCAAGCAUAUCAACAGAAAGUUCCACGAAGAAGGAAAUGACUUUGACAUAGUCAUUUGGAUUGUGGUGUCUCGAGAUGUUCAGAUUCUGAAGAUUCAAGAAGAGAUCGGAGAGAAGCUAGGCUUGAAUGACGAGGGAUGGAAACAACAAACGCAAACUAGGUGGGCGAUUGACAUAUACAACGCCUUGAGGGAAAAGAGAUUUGUAUUGUUGUUGGAUGACUUAUGGAGCAAAGUAAAUUUAACAGAGAUCGGAGUCCCGUCACCUAAUGGAACGAAUAGGUGUAAAGUAAUAUUCACCACUCGAUCUCGGGAAGUGUGUGGGUCCAUGGAGGCCGACGAUGAGAUGGAAGUCCAAUGUUUGAGUCGUGAUGAUGCAUUAACCCUAUUCCGAGAAAAAGUUAAAAAUGUAUUAGAAAGUGAGCGGGACAUUCCUAAUCUCGCAGAAAAAGUAGCGAGAGAAUGCCAAGGUUUACCACUAGCGUUAAACGUCGUCGGUGAUGCCAUGGCUCGCAAAAGGACUGUAGAAGAGUGGUACUAUGCAAUCAAUGUCUUGGAAUCAUCUAACGCGAAAUUGAAAGGUAUGAAAGAUAAGAUCCUUUCAAUUUUGAAAUACAGUUAUGAUGAUUUAAUGCGUAAUCCAUUGGGUGAGAAGAUCCAAUUAUGCUUCCUAUAUUGUGCUCUAUUUCCUGAAGAUUAUCGAAUUUCCAAGGGUUUCUUGGUGGAUUGUUGGAUAGGCGAGAGACUUAUAGAUAGAGAUGGAGAUAUAAAAAAAGUUCAGUACCAGGGUUAUUCUAUCAUUGGCACCCUUGUCAAUGCAUCUUUACUGAUCGAAGAGGGCAAAGAUUUUGUGAAAAUGCAUGAUGUGGUUCGUGAAAUGGCACUUUGGGUGGCAUGUGAUACGGGGAAAGAAGAAGAAACUUUUUUCAUAAAAGCGGGUGCCAAUUUACAUGAGAUGCCAAAGAUUAAGAAUCAAAAUAAUGUGAGGAGGAUGUCAUUGAUGUGUAACCGGAUCCAGAAGAUUUCUGGUGGUCCUCAAUAUUCUAAGCUGAAGACCUUGUUCCUCCGAGAUAACAAGUUGGUGGAACUAUCAGAUGACUUCUUUCAAUUUAUGCAAGGUCUCAUAUGUUUGGAUCUAUCGGUGAAUAUAGAUCUCAAUGAAUUGCCGGAGUCAAUAUCAAAGUUAGUAUCAUUGAGAUUUCUCAACUUAUCAUUGACAAAGAUAAAACGAUUGCCAGAUGGUUUGAAAGAGUUAAACAGACUUAUCUACCUUAAUUUGGAAGGAACAUUUGAGCUUGAGAAUAUUCAUGGAAUAUCAAGUCUAUGGAGGUUGAGAAUAUUGAGACUAGUUGGGUCUAAGGCAAGGAUAGAUGUGGAUACAGUGGAUGAAUUACAACUUUUGCACCAUCUAAGUGUUCUAACCAUAAGUAUAUGUGAUCACUGUGCUGUGGAAAGACUUGUUAGAAAUGUGAGUUUCGUUCGCUGCAUCAGAACACUAAAUCUCGAGGAUUUUAGUCAGGAGAUAGAGAUAGAAAUAUCGACAUGGUGGUUACGGAAUCUGCGCGAGGUAACAAUAUUCAAUUGUGGAGGUAUAAAGGAUUUGACUUGGUUGCAAUAUGCUCCAUAUCUUACUUCCCUAUGGGUAUCAAGAUGCGGGAAACUUGAAGAAAUAAUAAGGGAAGAGAAAGCGGGGAAUGGCGCAUGGAAGCCUUUUCAUAGACUAGAGUGUUUAGGAUUGGAAGACCUGCCAGAGCUGAAGAGCAUCUAUUGGUCAGCUCUUUCCUUCCCUUGUUUGAGCUUUAUCAGAGUUCAUAAUUGUCCAACUCUGAGGAAGACGCGGCUGGACGGAAGCCUUCCACUAGAUCUUGAAACCUUUCAGAUAGAUGCAGAUGUCGAUAGACAGAAGAUUAAUCUGCGGAUAGAUACUUAUGGUGAACAUUUGGCCUCCACAUCCGAGGUUGAAUCGAGGACUCCUUCGUUGAUAAUAUCCUGUGUAGAGCUACCCGAUAUCGCUCGUCUUCAUAGCGGGAUGGAUAUUCCACAGCGUUUCCGUGGGACAGAAUCUGAGAUGUCGACCAUACAUUGAAAAGAUUAUAAUUAAUAUCGCGGACAGGUCGAAGAACAUGAUAUUUUGGACAAAAAGCCAAGCAGGAAUCUCACAAGUCAUCACAUUUGCCCAACUACGCAUUCCGAACGUUGUUCAUCUAUUGAUAAUAAUAAUAAGCAUGAACCUAUAUAUAUAUCUUCCCCGUUUGUUCUUUAGUUAUGGUGCUUCUGUGUUCCUAUUUUGAUGCUACUUUAUUUCAUUUGCCAAGUGUU